GACCGGUGAUCAAGCUUGGAGAGAGGUCUUUGAAAUUAUCAGCUAAGAUAGUGCACGCAGUUCUCACCAAAAGCAUCAAGACAGUGAAGAGACACGAAGCAUGGUUCCAUUUUGGUGCUCAGCCAAUGAGGUUCUCUAUAAGAGAAUUCCACAUGGUGACUGGUUUGAAAUGUAGUGGUGAAGCAAGAGAACCACGAGAGGGAACCGAGAAAUUUAAGUGGGACUUCCUAAAAGGCGUACUCAUACAGUAAAGGACGUGGAGAAGCAGCUCAGAAACACAAGAGAAGAUGCUUCUGAUGAGAGAUUCUGCCUUGCAAUGCUCCUCCUGAUUGAGAGCAUACUACUACAGAAGAGCCUUCUCGACGGUGGCACAACUUUUACUUUGGAUUAUGUGAAAAUAGCGCAGGAUAUGGAUGUCUUGAUGACAUACCCAUGGGGGAGAACAGCUUAUAUUUGCUGUUAAAAUCACUUCAGAGAGCUGUCGACAAAAGCCUCGACAAAAACAAUUAUGAUUUGCAAGGGUUCCCUAUGGCAUUUCUUAUAUGGAUACUUGAGUCAGUACCUUUGCUACAGUAUGCAUUCAGUCAAGUUGUUCCUAUUCUGAGCGUUCAACCGUCUACCCCAAUAUUUUUGUGUGAGAAGUACCUUCAAAUAGCUUCUCCACAGCUGAUAGAUGUUCUCCUAAUUGAAAUCAAAGAUCAUCUUAAGGUCACAUGCAUCCUACCUCCUAUUUCUAAUGAUCCAGAAGAUGAUGUUUGCAUGGAAGACGAAGCUAAUAAAGAUCUGGAUGACAUGGCCGAUUUAUCCAAGAGAGGUUAUAAGUUUAAAAUUAGAGAUUGGCGAAACAUGUCAGUAGACCUAUACGGUGCUAAUGAAGAAAUAAGAAGAGCAUCUUUACUGUUUGGGAAUGGAGGGAUGAGUCAAGCUUCUACUUCGUAUCAGGAGGAGUCUUUGGAAUCAAAGAUCAACAGAAUCAGCGAGAUGGUGGGAGAUAAUUUAAGGAUCAUGAACGAUCGUUUGUGUUUGAUUGAAAAAGACAGGAAACAGAUUAAAGAACGUGUGACAAACCUAGAGAAACUACAAAGAGUUACUUCAUAUGAAACUCCAAACAAUGAGACUGACACAACUCCAUUUCAUGAGACGGCUUCCAGACAAGGUGAAGCCAAUGCAGAUCAAGCAGAUGAACAACUUAACAAUGAGGAUACACGAGAGCCUAUGAAUGAGAUCACGAAAGAGACACCUGGUUCUCCAAUAGCUCAACAGAAUAUUGAGACUCCAGUCCUUACUCCAAUUCAGACGCAGCAGGAGACUCACGAGCUUAUGAAUGAGAUCAUUUCACCAAACAUUUCCGACACACAGCCAAAUACCCGAGCUCGCAGAAAUCUUUUAACAGAGCAAAAUAAGGAUGUAGAAAGCAGAGUUCAAAAUCCCUUUGAGAUCGGAGCAAAUGUGGAGAUUUCAUCACAAGAUGACAAUACUUGUCAUAAAUGGUAUCCAGGAAAUGUGUUGGCAACAUAUUUGGUUGAUGGGGUUGAGAUGGUGAAAGUUGAGUACUUCGUCCCGUCUCUGGACGAAAAGAAGAGGAAAAGGAGUGUUGAGACACGUGUAUCAAUUGACAGAAUACGUCCUCAACCACCACCUGAGAGAUCUGGAGCGAAGAAAAGUUAUGAGCUAAUGCAGGACGUGGAGGCGUUCGACAAUGGUGCCUGGUGCGCUGGAAAAGUUAAAGUCAUUUUGUUUGAUGGCUCGUGUUUUGUCUCUUUGAACAAUUCUAAAGAACAAAUUUACUUCCACCAUUCUGAGAUGCGAAAACCAAGAAAAUGGGUAGAUGGUGUUUGGGAGAUGACAAAAAAGAUGGAAGAAGAGCAGACGCAGAGUGUGAAUCCAAGUGAAGGAGAUGGUGAUAAAAAGGGGAAGGCGAAGGCUGUCGCUUGUAAGAAAAAUGAAGCAGCUGGUCCAUCAGAAGAUGGUGUUGGGAAAAUGGCAAAAGAGAUGGAAGUAAAGCAGGGUAAGAGUGUGAAACCAAGUCAAGACGAUCAUGCAAAAAGGGGAAGCCACAUGUUGCGAGAAGAGAAGAGGCCAAUACGACCUAGAAACCCUCCUAUACCUGUAACACCUGAGGAAGAGGUUGAGUUGAGCUAUGCUAGAUGUCCAUGUUAUAGCAGUUCUAUAUGA